UUAAGAUUGUUUCGGUAUUGACUUUGUUUUACAAUACAUAGAAGGGUAAUAACAUUGAAUACAGAAAUUCUUUCACUACUGUUACGUAAUAUCGUCAUACGUAACAGUCUUCCCCCCCACGCAAUCUGCCAUCUGUCAUCGUCGUAUAUAAGAGAAAUACUGUUCGUGUGAUUAGCAAUUGACUGUCGUCCUCCGACGCGUAAGAACGAGCAUUUUAAUAACGCCACAUAGAGAUACAAACAGAUUUAUCUAGUAAAGUGCAUUACGAUUUGUUGUUGUGAGUUUAGUUGCGUCGUGAAAACACAAUUAUCAACAUGAUAUACGUAAUUGUCUUAUCGGUGAUAGCGGGCGCCCUAGGCCUCUAUUAUCUCUUCAAGGACUUAAAUUACUUCAAGAAAUAUGGAGUGCCAUAUAUAAAACCUUUUCCAAUAGUAGGAAGUAUGGGACCAAUGCUGCUUCGUACUCAAUCAGUACACGAUUUUGUCAAAUCAAUUUACAGUGCGUACCCUGAUGCCAGGUACGUUGGCCUAUACGAUGUAAAAACUCCAAUUGUAAUGCUUCGCGAUAUUGAGCUUAUUAAAUCCGUGACGUUGAAACAUUUUGACAUGUUCAUAGACCACAUUGGUUUUGUCGAUGAAAACCAAGAUAAAUUUUUUGGCAAAAACCUCGUUGCCCUUCGUGGAGAGAGAUGGCGUGAGGUACGAUCCAUAUUGAGUCCGGCUUUCACAUCCAGUAAAAUGAAAAGUAUGUUUAAGCUGAUGUCAGAAUGCGCUGUUGACUUCAGCAGUUACUUGACACAAUUGCCACCGGAAAAGAAGAUAAUGGAAUUGAAAGACGUCUUCACGAGAUAUACGAAUGAUGUCAUCGCCACUUGUGCCUUUGGUGUUAAGGUAGAUUCUAUGAGAAAUCCAAAAAAUGACUUUUUUGUGUACGGCACGGAGGCAACCAAUUUUAGAGGUUUAAUCUUUUUAAAAUUUCUGAUAUUUAGAAAACUGCCUCAGUUAGCACGAAUACUUAAAAUGACACUUAUUCAUGAAAAAAUAGCAGAUUUCUUUCGAGAUCUCGUGAAAACUACUAUAAAAACUAGAGAUGAAAAUGGCAUCGUUCGUCCAGACAUGUUACAAUUGAUGAUGGAGAGUAGAGGUAAAGAUGGCAAGGCAGAACUGAGUAUCGACGAUAUGGUGGCACAAGCAUUUAUUUUCUUCUUUGGAGGCUUUGAGAGUACUUCAACUGCAAUGUGUUUUGCGGCUCACGAAAUCGCGAUGAAUCAGGAUAUACAGAAGAGACUUCAAAAUGAGAUUGACCAGGUCUUGGAAGAUACAAAUGGGCAAGCAUCGUACGAGGCUGUUAACGGCAUGGAGUAUCUAGAUGCUGUAAUUAAUGAGACCUUAAGGAUGUAUCCGGUUGCCUCAGCAAUGGACAGAUUAUGCGGAAAAGAUUUCGAGCUACCAUCAACAUUACCCGGAAAGAAGCCUUUUACUGUAAAGAAAGGUCACGGUAUAUGGAUACCAGUUUAUGGACUUCAUCAUGAUCCUCAAUACUUUGAAGAGCCGGAAAAGUUUGAUCCCGAGCGAUUUCUAGGUGAACGGAAAAAACACAGUCUCAACUGCGGUGCCUACCUUCCUUUCGGUCUUGGUCCCAGAAUGUGCAUAGGUAACAGAUUCGCGUUGCUGGAGACAAAGGUUCUACUUUUCCAGUUACUUGCACGUUGCGAAUUGAAAUCUUGUGAGAAAACGCCGAUACCGAUCAAAAUCGCUAAGGAUGGCGGCUUUACCUUGAGACCUGAAGGUGGUUUCUGGUUGAAUGUAACACCAAGGAAAAAUACGCAUCACUCUAUUACAGUUAAUGCUACUAAUGGAACAUCAAUGUAAAAAAAAAAGAUUGGUUUUUUAACCCGUCGUACCUUCGGGACAUGUAUGUCUUACUUAUAAAAAAAAAAA